AUGGGUCAUGUUCCAGGAUACUCGAACAAUGUGGGCCACACUUUUGGCAAAACAACACAAGAAUUGUUUGUUGAUCCUAGUAUCACUCAUUCUGAGAAAUUGGUAUUAUCAGAUAAAUAUGCAAACGAUUACAAGUUAUAUGAGCCCGAUAUGGAACUUGUGAUAACAGCACAAAAAAAGUUUAUGCAUGGAUAUCCGGGGCAUCAACGAAGUGGACCAUUAUUAGCAGGAGUAUCUGGUCGCCCCAUUCCUCUUACAUUAGUAGGUGAAAACGUGAUUAAAAGACAACCGAAUAUUUAUAUCCCAGCAGAUAAAACUAUUGUAGAUAAAAAGAAUGAAAUGGUGAAACCUGAUCGAAAAUCUUAUACCAAAUGUAUUGAAGAUGACACACCUAAAGAAAAAAAAGGUUUGGUUUUAUAUAGAAAGUGUUCAGGAAUUAUUCCCAACUAUCUUGGUCAUAUCCCAGGCGUAAAUCAUAAUUUUGGAAAAACAUUCAGCUUAGCUUCUACAAAUGCUAAAAGAGGUUUCAAAUAUAAAGAAGGUCGCAGUUUUAAAUGA